CGGUAUAGGUAAAAUAAGCAUUGUACUUUAAAUAAAACUAAAACUUGGCCCAAAAAGUUAUACAGGGUGUUAUAAUAGAGUGUGGUUAUAAACAAAAACGCAUAAUCUACCCCUGCGGUAAAUAGCUGAUUACCCACGGUAGGCAAAACAUACGGAGCUGUCAUCAUAGCAACUGUCAAAUACAAGCAAACCUUUACUAUUUUACUCCCAAUGAAUAAUUUGCUCGUAUUUUUGAGCGUAGAUAAAUAUUAUUGACUCAAUUCAUCACAUUUAAAAAUGCUAUUGAAACAAUUCAACAAAUUAGUCUUCUAUUACAAAAAUGAGUUUAUUGAAAGCGUAGUGGGCCAUAUCUAUUUUUAUAUCUUUUAUAAAAUAAAAAAAUACUGAAAAAUAAUCUAUAGAAAUAUACUUAUAAUAAUUCAUACACUAGAAAAGGAUUAUAACGUGAAACAAAAUUAAAUUUAACCAGAACUGAUAAAAAUGAUGAAUUACUUUCAUAAUCUAUAAUUCUAUUUUCUAAAAUCAAAAAUUAAAGAUUUAUUCUAAAUAUACAGAUGUUCUAAGUCCAGCACGAUCAGAAACGAAACCUAAAAUAUUUAUUUCAGAAUGUUUACAGUUUGCACAUUUAUAUUACUAUGUUUAGCAUAUAUUUUAACAUAUAUGUAUUUGAAGAAGAAGUUCCAGUAUUGGCAAGAUCGAAAUGUAGCUUUUGUGGCCCCAAAUAUGAUCUUGGGCAACUUGUACUCCCUUCUCUCUUUAAAGAGAAGUCCUGGUCACUGGCUGAUGGACCACUACAAACGCUUCGGCACUAAUUAUUUUGGAUUAUUCGCAUUCACGAAACCUAUUUUAGUUAUUAAAUCACCAAAGAUAAUAAAGGAUAUUCUCAUAAAAGACUUCUCAUAUUUCGACAACAGAACGGCCACUGUUAGCACACAUGACAAAAUAAUGUCCAAUAUGCUUUUUACCAAGCAAAACCCAGCAUGGAAAAAGGUUCGAUCAAAAGUGACCCCGUUGUUUUCAUCCGGCAAACUGAGACUCAUGUUUACGCCAAUAUUGGCCCAAGCUGAACACAUGGUCCGCAACGUUCGGCUAUUAGUCAGCUGCCAGGAAUCGAUCGAAAUAAAGGAGAUAUGCACGAAAUAUUCCACGAACGUUAUCGCCAAAUGUGCAUUUUCAGUCGAUGCGAGAACAUUCGAAAACGAUAAAGCAGAAUUUAGAGAAAUUGGAAGAUGUCUUUUUGAUUCACGCUUAGAAAAUCGUCUCAGGUUUUUUGCAGCAAGAUUUUUACCAAGUCUUGUAAAAUCUUUCAAUAUAUUCCUUGUGAGGCCUACUGUCAGUGAAACAUUAAGAAAUAUUUUCACUACGAUAUUCGACGUUAGGAAAAAAUCACGAAAGUCAAAAGAUAACGAUUUGAUUGACAUAUUACUUCGAAUUGAGGAUUAUCACAAAGAUGAUAAGGAUUUUGGAGCAGAAAGUCUGCUGGGUGCAGCGGUUAACUUUUUUGCCGCCGGCUUUGAAACUGUAGCGACGACAAUGGCCUUUGUUCUGUACGAACUUUGUAUAGCUCCGGAGAUCCAGACAAAACUGCGCGACGAGAUCGCAUCGAACGUCGAGAAGAAUAGAGGAUUAGUUUACGAGAACAUGAACGAAAUGAAAUACCUUGAUAUGGUUGUUUGUGAAACUCUACGAAAAUAUCCUGUUUUGCCAUUCUUGGACCGAAUGUGUAAUUCCGCUUACAAAAUCCCUAAUACCGAUUUAGUAGUGGAGCAAGGGACGGUAGUGUAUGUUCCGCUGUUCGGUCUCCAUUAUGACGAAAUUUAUUUUCCUAAUCCGGAGAAAUUUAUCCCGGAGAGAUUCGAACACAAAUGUGAGAUUAAUAACGAUGGACUGUAUUAUCUUCCAUUUGGAGAGGGGCCUAGAAACUGCAUCGGAACAAGAUUUGGACUAAUGACUUUAAAAAUAGGAAUUAUACAGAUGUUACUGAAUUUUGAGCUUAAACUUUCGGCCAAUACUCCAAUACCUCUAAUAUAUGACCCAAAAGCAAUUAUAGUCUCUUCCAAAGUUGGCCUACCAAUGAAAGUCUUGCCUUUAAAUUGAUGACGAACAAAUUUUAUUACACUUGUAUUCUUUACAUAUAGGUAUGCUAGUUUUUGUAUCAUUUGUAUUAUAUUUUAUACAAAAAAAAUAUAUUUAAUAAAUUACGUCUAUUAUUUAAAACAUUUUUUAAAGUUGCAUUAUUUUAUUUGUUGUUAUU